AAAUGAACACUUGAUGACCACUGUAACAAUGAUUUCCGUAGAGAACAUUCUGCGAACAAGACAUACAUUCUACAUGGAUGAGCAUUUUAAGACCCAGAGAGCAGAAUUUAAUUAAGAAACUACAGCCUUCGGUUGUCCAUAUUGGAUCAAACAAUAUCCCCGUCUGCGUAGGUGGAACAUUUACUAUUUCAGAGCCCCAAUGGAGCCAGUUUCACCGUCCCACCGCGCUCCGUAGAGAGGGUAUACGACUCAAUGAUUGGGGCAAAACCACGCUGACCGAUAUAUCUUCCAACCUACACCGCUCAAGAGAUGGCUCUCUGUUCCAAUCGUAAAUGAAAAGGCGUGCCUGUCCAAAAUAUUCAACGUAUAGUUAAAAAAUGGGUGGGUACAUUUUAAACUCGUUUAGGUCCUCUAUGAAGGUAGGCUGCAGCGUGUGUUUAUUGAUGAGAUGAAAGAAGAUGGAAGUGAGAAAUGAAACAAAGUAAGGGAAAAUAUUAAAAAACUCGAAGCCUUGCCGGGGAAAAACCGGGGAAGCUGCAAAACGCUGUCGCCACUGGAGAACAAGCUUAGGACAGCAGUAUUUUGUCCAUAGCGAUAGUUCUGGAUUGGCUCACGAAGGCACUGCCAGGACAUCAAAUGUGAUCUGGGAUGUCAUUGCCAGGUGGGGAGGUUUCGGAGGCGUCCAGUUUAAAUUGAAAGGGUGGUAUUGAAGAGACCACUGUGGCCCUGUGGCAGAGCGACCUAUGAUAGUGGCAGCAGAGAGGACUGAAGGGACAGCCUAGGACUGGUCUUUCCAUAACCACCUUCACCAGCAACCUGUAGCAGUGUGCCCUGUGCCUCAUCACCAGCCUCACACACAUCUUCCCAACAAAGAGUCAUCUGACUGUGACAUCUGUUGCAAGGGGAUGACCGAGCGCAUUCAUAACAUCAAUCUCCACAACUUCAGCAAUUCUGUACUUGAGACCCUCAAUGAGCAGCGCAACCGCGGGCACUUCUGUGACGUGACUGUUCGGAUCCAUGGAAGCAUGCUGCGAGCCCACCGCUGCGUGCUGGCCGCUGGGAGCCCCUUCUUUCAGGACAAGCUUCUCCUGGGCUACAGUGACAUUGAGAUCCCCUCGGUGGUCUCGGUGCAGUCCAUCCAGAAGCUGAUAGACUUCAUGUACAGCGGGGUCCUGCGGGUGUCCCAAUCAGAGGCUCUCCAGAUCCUCACUGCUGCCAGCAUCCUGCAGAUCAAGACGGUCAUCGAUGAGUGCACCCGCAUCGUAUCCCAGAAUGUGGGCCUGGCCGGUCCAGGGGGGUUCCCUGUCAACCCAGGGGACUCUGGGCAGGAGACGCCCCGGGGCACACCUGAGUCAGGCACCUCUGGGCCCAGCAGCGAUGCAGAGUCAGGGUACAUGCAGGCCACAUCCCAGCAGAGCCUUGAGCGUGCGUACACAUCGCUGUACUCCUACUCGGGCCUCUCACUGCAGAAUGGAACCCGUGAGCGCUCCCACUACGUAACCAGUAUGACAACAAGCUACGACCCAGCCCUGAGCAUGCAGAAGGACCAGCACGACCAGGACCCGCCGUGGAUCACCCGCAUCCAUGAAAGGUCACAGCAGAUGGAACGCUUCCUCUCCACCCCUGAGACCACCCACUGCCGCAAGCAGCCCCGACCGGUACGCAUACAGACAGGAGGCAUUCACAUAAAGCAGGAGGCAGAGGAUGAGUACAGCUGCUAUGGUAUGGAUGAGUGCACAGAGGACACUGACCACGUUGAGGGUGUGGAGACUGAACCGAAGGGUGAAAGCUUUGACUCAGGGGUAAGCUCCUCCAUUGGUACUGAGCCAGACUCCGUGGACCAGCACCAGUACCCCGUGGGCUUUGGGAGGGAAGGAGGUGGAGAGGGGACCCCAGUGCAGAUUGAAGUCGAUGACUCCUCCCCAGAGCAGAUUCAUGAGACGGAGGAAGGGGGCACAUCCCACAGCACUAGCGACAGUAACAUGUUGCAGCCCCUGCCCAACCCAAUCAUGGCCCAGUCUCUGCCAAGUGCCCUACUCUAUAUGCGUCAGGUAGAAUCUCACACCAGCAAUCUGAGGAUGCCGCUCACCAUGACCAGCAACACCCAGGUAAUGGGCAUGGCUGGCAACUCCUACCUGCCCACUCUGUUUCCCACACAGUCGGCCAGCAACAACAAGCCCUUCCUCUUCAGCCUGCAGCAGCCCAUGGGAGGCCAACAGCCCCAGUUUGUGUCCGGGCCUACCCCUAGUAUGCCCCCAUUCCCUCAGCAAUUGACGGUACAGCAACAGGCAGCGCGGGAACAGCAACAGGCGGCCUCGAUGGGACAGGGGGAAAAGAAGCCCUAUGAGUGCACUCUCUGCACUAAAACCUUUACUGCUAAACAGAACUACGUCAAACACAUGUUUGUGCACACUGGUGAGAAACCACAUCAGUGCAGCAUCUGCUGGCGCUCGUUCUCCCUGAAGGAUUACCUAAUCAAACACAUGGUCACUCACACAGGGGUGCGUGCCUACCAGUGCAGCAUCUGCAACAAACGCUUCACCCAAAAGAGCUCCCUCAACGUCCACAUGCGGCUGCACCGUGGAGAGAAGUCCUAUGAGUGCUACAUCUGCAAGAAGAAGUUCUCUCACAAGACCCUGCUGGAGAGACACAUGGCUCUGCACAGCACAGGGGGCGCUGUCACAGGUCUGUCGGGGGCAGCAGGCGCCGGUGGUCCCGUCUCCAUCCCCAUGGCCGUGCCCGAACCUGGUGCCGGCGUGGUGGCCCUCGCCAUGCCCGUCGGCGGUGGCGCAGGUGUAGGGGGUGGGGUCGGACCAGGAGUGGGUGUGGCUGCGGAGGCAAGCUGCCAAGAAGGGACCACCUACGUGUGCUCCGUCUGCCCUGCCAAGUUCGACCAAAUUGAGCACUUCAAUGACCACAUGCGAAUGCAUGUCUCCGAUGGAUAAGUACAAAUAGAUACACUUCUUUAAAAAAUAUUAAAUGAAAAGAAAAAUGGCACUAGAUUUUUUUUAUUUUGAGGCAUGAAGAAUAAUCAGUAUAGACACUGGCACAUUAAGUUUCCCAGAAAUGAGUUUUUUUUGUUAUUCUAAAAGAAAAACAAGAUGGUGGCCUUAAGGCUUUGUAGUUUGAUAUUGAUCCACUGGAUGGAUCCUUACUACAGGCCUCUAAAUGUAUGCUUUCCUAAAAUACUGAUUUAUGUGUUGAACACUACCGAAAGGCCUAUGAAAGAAACACACACACAUACACAAAUUCAAACUCACACACCUAUAUACAGUAUAAAUAUAUCUUUGUAUGAGUGUAUGUGUUAAUCUGUGUAUGUGUGUACUUGUGCGUGUGUAUUUGUAUGUGUGCGUGUGUGUGCGUGUGCAAACAUUGCCAUGGAAUUUGGAACAUGGUAAAUGUAAUCCCAUAUUGACCGUUUUGGACACUAUUAGGAGUCCAAGCUUACUGUGGUAUAAUUUUCACAAAAAAAUAUAAAAAAUCUGGCUUGGGCUAAAGAUUCCCUCUGAAAAAUAUUGUUGGUCACAAGUUUGCCUUCUUAUGUAGGGUAAGAAAAGGAGAGUAAUUAAUUUGACACUGGGUUUUUAUUUAUUGUCAUUAAGGUAUUGAGGGAUUACAAUACAGCUGUUGUGAAGGUACAAAUUGAUAUUAAUAAUUGUACUGAAAUGUAACUUCCUGUGAGUGGGUAUAGAAAUGGGUAUUUAGUAUAUGUGUUAUUGUCCAUGCAUUUUGAUGGUUCAGGUUAAGUUUACAAAAUUAGGGUUGUUGAUAAGACAGUAUUUGAGCAAAAAUGUAAUAUUAUUAGGAGUUUAUUUCAUUUGCAUACACUGCCACUAAUAUCUUAGAAGACUGUUAAGGCUAUUAGACCUCUUCCAUUUACAACAUGUGACAUAGCAAAAGACUAAAGGUUCUUCUUGACAUAAUGAGGUUAUAAAUGAUUGUUUAGUUCUACAAAUAGGAUUUGACAUGUGCAGUUGUAGCAGGCUUGAUUGAGUAUGCUACCAGACUCAUCUUGACUGCUGCUUCGCAAUCUGCACCAGACUGUUAUCAGCUGUAGAUUACAACAUGAUUGGUCAAUAUUACUAUUAACGUUUAAAUUAAGAAACUAAAAUAUAUUAUUUGAUAAUGGAAUGGUUUACCAGGAUAGUAUAAGACAGCUGUCAGAUAGAUUACCGGUAAAUUGAGUGAUUCUGUGAACUUGCAUUGGACAAAAAUAUAAUUGUAUGACCUAAAUCUCUGUAUAUCCUGUUCCUAUGGACAUGACACAGCUGUUUGAGCAGGUGGAGAAACUAAAAUGCACUACUCCUGAAAUGUUAGCUCCACCUGGUGGCCCAAAUGGCAUGUCACGUUCGGACAUUUAAUACAGACACCGAGACAGACGAGGCAAAAGAAACCACAAUAACAUAUAAUCCCGGUCAAUAAUUACUUCAUAAUAUAACACAACUUGCAGAUGGACUUCCAAGACAAUAAGAUACAUUCCUGAUUUCACAGAUACCUAGACACAGUGUGUACAGAAUAGAUUUGGGAGUAAAGCAAGUGUCACGUCACUCAAAGGCUCUGCUCUGAUAUUUGGCUUCCUGUUCAUGCAUUUUAUCCAAAAUAAGACACACACGUCUGCCUGCAACUGCAAUCUGAAGAUUUUGCUCAUUUCUUUGAGUAGACACCUUUUUAGUUACCAUGACGAGAUAGUAACUUACCAGAAUUACAGUACAGUCUGAAAACAAUAUGUUGUAGAUAAAAACAAAGUGCUGCUUUGCACAUUUUCUUCAAAUGCCUGUGCUUAAUAUUUUAUUGUUUUACUUAAUAAAUGAAAUUCUAUUAUUUUCAUUUGUUCAUUUUUUAAAGGAAAACAUCUUUCUUAAAAGCUUGAUAAGAGGACUGCAUUAUUUUCUUGCAUAGCCUAUAUGUUGCACUGCUUGAGCCGAUAAGUGCACUACUGUUACCAGAGAUAUUAUAGUUUUAGAGAAAAAUAAUCAUUUUUUAUCUAAUACUUUGUUGUAGAAUUAACGAGUUAGAAUAGCUUUGUUCCAUUUUACGAUAAGGUCAUUUUAUGUUUCUUAGCUUUUGUUAUCUCUUGUUAUUAUAUGUAUUUACUUGUGCUGUGUUUGUGCAAAGCGUUUAGUUCUAUUUAAAUGUGAUCCAUCGUGUUUUCAACAUUUUAAUGUAUUCUUUUCAAGAGGUAAUCCCCUUCAACAGCAGUUAUCCCAUUGCAUACAUUAGAACAGAUGCUGAAUUUUCAUACAAAAGCAUUCAUGCCAAACUAAAUUCCCCCAAAAAAAGAAAAAAAUAUUUUAUAGUGUCCUUGGACAUAAAUUAUGUGGUUUUUUUUAGAACAAGUUUCUUUAGGAAUUACAGGGUGGGUGGGAGAUUGUACGCAGCUAUUAUUUGCUAUUUGUAAAUUGUACACAAGUCUGCAUCUCUUGUGUUUGUCUGUGUGAGUGUUUGUGUGUGUUGUAUAAUCAAACUGUUGGUGUCCCAAGUGGAGGUGUAAAACCUGAACUGUAGGGCUUCCUUUGCAAUAUGCAGUGCAGGUACUGUGAGACGCAGCUUUAGCUAACCCUCUUGGGCUAAUAAACACAUUUGUUGUGCACAUUUACAAAGACAUCUAUUGAUCAAAUAUUGAUAGUGGUAAAUACAUUGCCCCGAGUGGAAGAAGUGCAUGGCAUCUUGUGCCUAGUGCUUUAGUUAGCUUCAGCUGGUUGAUAUUUGGAUAAGGCCUACCUAAUACUCUUCUAUCAUCUUCACCGUAUUCUAUCUUUGUCUCUUUCAAAUUGAAAACAAGGAAGUGAUGAGGGCUAUUAGUUAGUAAUCAAUCCCAGAGUUUCCUCAUAUCAUCAGAGCGAGGGCCUUGCAUUAUGUUUCAUAGAGUUUCAUCUGGUCACUGAAAUAGCAUGUGGUUGUCAAGUAAAGGGAACAAUAUAUGUGACUUGUGAUUGGGCCGCAGUUUGUUAUCCUCAGCUGCAGAGGUCUCUAUCGGGAACACAAGCCUAUAAAUGCUUCUACUCUGUUGCUCCCAUUGCUACUCUGUAGGACCAGGAACUGCAUGUCUGCAUACAAGGUUAAUUGUGUCUAGUUUUAGAGGACUCUGUAGUCUCAUGUUUGAUGAGACAAAGUCCUUAACAGAUGGUUACAGUAUGUAAGGAACUGCUGAGAUCUAUUUUGAUCACAUGUUAUUGCUCUGGCAUACAGUUGUUGUUGGUGGUGAUAGUGGUGGUGGUAGGGGUGGUGGUGGUGGUGGUGGUGGUAGAGGGAGUAGUGGUGGAGGUGGUGGUGUUGUCUGCUCUAUGGAACAAUAUAGAAAUGGUCAACCAGCUAGACAGAGCAGUACAUUCACCAAGUUAGUCCCAGUAAACACAGUAAGAACCAUGCACUGUGAACUAAGUCCAACCUUCAGUUUCAGAAACAGAAUAAUGAAUGCUAAACAAUUUAACCAUCACUUAUUUCUUAUGAAACCAAGACCAGACUAUAGUUGCUUCCAAAUGUAUUAUCAGUGAGAUAAACUAGCAUUAUUUUGACCACUUUGCAGUCUCUUACAGUCAGCCUAAAUGAUAUUUAUGUAAUAAAUUAAUCAAAUGCACUAUUGACUGUAGAUGUUUUUCUAAAGUACAUUUUCUCGUUGUCAUAGGUUGUGAAAAAAGAUAAUAGCAAAGGAAUAGUUUAAUGUUGGUUUUGAGAUAUUUCGAGAGUGGAUUUGGGCUAUAUAAAUCACCCAUAUUAUCACACAGCUCACGAGACAGGUUCAUUUGAAACAUAACAUAAUCUUUGACAAUACUGAGGUAUAGACCUGUUGGCUCUCCCCUGCCCAUAGAUGGUUGACCUCACUUAUACCUAUGUGUGACUUACAAGCAGACGUUUAGCAUUAGUAUCAUCUUAUGAUACUAUACAUUGACAUGACAUAAGAACUUUCCAGGAUUUGUUUUCCAACAACGCCAUGUUUUGUCGGCAGUCCCUCCAUGGCCUUUCUUGUCAUUCUCUCUUUUGUUUGAUUAACUUAUUGUACCAGUGGCUCAUGUCAUUGUGUUCAAUUAAUAGUUAGUUAAAAAGUUGGGAAAACAUGCAAUGCAACCCUGAAAUUACGCCCCUGUCGCUGUUGUCCUUGGUUUAUAUACUAUAGUCAAGAAAGAGUUUAGAAUUUAUGUUUGUAAGAUUACUAUAACAUAAUGUAUUUUUCAGCUAUACAAUAUAUUCACAAGUAUAGAAUUAGUUAGAAUUAAGCCUACAGCUUUUCGUUUGGUGUUUUAACUAUCAUGUUCUUAUAUUUCACGUUUUUACUUAAUUGUAGAGACACAGGAUCAGUUUUGCAGUGUGUUUGAAUCAUCUAUGUGCUUGUGUGUUCCAGGGCUUUAAUUUGCCUGUUUUUCUUGCAACCAUUAUGUACCGGUGCAUUUGUAAAUAGUUUUUAGUUAGUGGGCAAAGGAUAGACAGCCAUUGAGUAAGACAUCGUAGCUUGUCAGAAGCGCCUAUCUUCUCGUUGGACAUGAACCCUCUUUUCAAAUGGGAGAUACUGUACUUUCAGUUGAAGACAAAAAAUAGGAAAAUAUAACAAAUGUAGUGCGAAGACUAAUGUGAUGUGAUCAGUUACUAGUAUAGCUCUUGUGACUAAGCAGGCUUUUAGAGAAAAACCCAUGCUGUUUAUCUUACAGUUCCUGAUUUACUUUCCUUCAGUGUCCUCACAUUCAUUUUAUUCACUCACCUAGAGUAGUAAUACGUAGUAACUCAGAAACUAACAAUUACCAUGACAGUAAUCCUGCUGGCAUACAUUAUACAGAUACAGUCCAACUACGUAAUAUCAGUUGAAUCUAAAGUAUAUAUACACAGUUUUUUUAAUCAAUAUGUUCUUCAUCAACAACUUUAACACAUAUAAUGGAAAGCGUUUGAGAUACAGACAGAAAUGUAACUAUAGGAAUAUGCUUUGAGGGAUAUAAGGAGUAUGCCUAGCUAUCAAGUGCCUAUUUAUACAUUACUAUACUAAAUCUUCAUAAAGUAGUUUUGCUCUCCUACCGUACAUUUUUCAAAUAUAUACAGUCGCUAUAUACACAUGAUAAUCUAUACACAAAUUAUAACAAUAUUUAUACUACUACAACAAUGUUGGUCACAGUCAUAGCACAGUGCAUCCUAAGAAAGCCCUUUAAAAUAUCUUUAUCCGCCUCAAAUCUUCUAUUUAUAUAAGAUAGAUUUGUUAUUAUUUCCUGCUGACAUACUUAGUUUUAUAACUAGUACAUAGGAGAAAACAGCUAAGAUAAACAACUGGAGUUCAUGAACUGUAGUAAAGAUUCGCUAUAAGGGGCUUGGCCAUGAGGCAUUCAACUAACUCUUCUUCAUUAAAACAAUGAGUAAGCAUGUGUAGUAAUAUGAUAUAGUAGCUAGUCCCUAUCUUAAUGUUUGCCAUUACAAAAACACAACAUUGUUUUGUUCGUCUAAAACUACAGGUAUGUGUUCCGAAAGAUUUUGAACAUUUUUGCGUAGUUUGCCCAGGUUUGUAAGCACACCUAAAUUGUCAUGACUUCUGGCUUAUCAGCACCAGCCAUCCUUCUUCUGCCACACUGAAUGUCUAUAAUUACAUUUGGGGGGGUUUUGCUGUUAAAAAUAAUAUAAAUAGUAGUCACUAAACCACUUCUUUUCUUACCUUUCGAUUUUUGUUUUGAUGCAAAAUACCUACCACAAUCAAAUGUUGUCCUUAGACAUAGCCUAGCUGUUCUCUCAGAAUACAGUGAUUAUGAUCUCACAUAAGACAUGCCAGUCAGUUGAGCACAUUCCUUGUGUUUGUUCUCUGGUUGUAGCUCAUAAUGAUGGAUAAAGUGUAUACUAUUGUCUUUGUGCUGGUCGGAAUGUUUCAGACCUAGCAAUCAAUGAUACUACUCGGUCCCUGCAGCUAGCUACACGUGCGCGCCUACGUUACUGUACUUGAUCAGUGACAUCAGUGCAGUGCUAUAUUUGCUUCAGCUACUACAGCCUACAACAACACAGCAAUAUCAGUUAGAAGUGCAAUCAAGUUUUACAUGAAGAGUACCAAGCAUUUGUCUGAGUGCUAGCUGUAAUUGAAAGUGUCCUUGUAAGCAAGAAUCAGACCGCUAGCAGUCUUGUCAUAAUCUAUCAUUUUAUGAGAGUGUUACUCUACAAUAUGAUUUGAAAUCAAUAUUCACCAAUUCUGUGUCUCUCUACCUUGAAUUGAUAAGGAAAGUUAGUGUCAUAAAUGAUUAGGACCCAAUACCCGCAGCAUAUCUGAAAUAUGCACAUUCCUGUAAUGUCCAGAACAUUCCUGUCCCUAGUCUGGCCUCACUCUACGAGAUUAUGUUGUCGAUUAUUUCAGACUCUGUAACAAAUGAUGUGACCCCAACAGCCUUACUAGGACAAUAGAUCAAUGACUUUCUUUUCAUUACUUGCUGGUCUGCUCUGCUGGUUAUUUUGUCAUGUGACAUUUUCCCCUCUACGUUGGUUUACGUUUAGUUGAAUCUCCACAAUAAUCAUCCUCACAUUUAUUAUAGUAUCACUGACUUGCUAAACUGUAUAUGAUUGCAGAUCCGUCUCAGAAAAGCACUGCUUAGCAUCUCUGGAAUUGAUGGUCCCAUCAUUGGAUUUUUUAAAGCUUCUAACCAUAGUGCAGAGUAUGCCCCUGCAUAAAGGAAAAUGGCCUGCUUGCUACCAUGGUGUGUUCUUCUGGAACAUGGUGUGUCCUUCUGGAACAUGGUGUGUUCUUCUGGAACAUGGUGUGUUCUUCUGGAACAUGGUGUGUUCUUCUGGAACAUGGUGUGUCCUUCUACCUAUCGGAUUGUGUUCCAUAUGCAAUAUAUCUCAAACUCUCCCUUAAAUGUCUCUUAGUUACGGAGAAUACUGAGUCAUCUAGAAGAUGUGGAGUUUGAAAGGUGCUGAAUAAAAGAGCCUCAACAGUAGCUUGCUUAGCACCUUGAAUAAUUGUCUUGGGGCUUUCAGCAGGUCUCUUGCACUUCUCACAUGUCCAAAAUAUAAUUGAUGUCUAUGGUGAGACUAAGCAACAUGCACUGCACUGUGUUACCCAUAUGUUUCUCUACGUUUGUCUCUCUUUUACCUAAUAGGUUUGGUGAACAUAUUUCUGACCACUUUCUGCCGUGUACCAGACAUACUUGUGGUCUCAAUCAGCAUGCAAUCAUAUAUAAUUAGUUUGGACAUGCAGAGCUUCCAUUACAAUACGUUGCUUGGUGUUGUUAAAGGUGCCGGUGGUAGUAAUGAUUUGUUGUGAUAUGAAACCAAACCAUCAGGGGGCUAUUGAACAUGUUGGAUGACAUAUGCUUGUUUCCGUAAACACCAAAGAAUGUUGAGAAUAUCACAGUGUCUGAAUUUCAAGCAGAAAGAACAUUAUCUGUUGUGUAAGCGAUAACAAAGACUACCAAGAUGUACGUUCCUAUAAAUUUGUAUGUGUUCAAAUCUGGAAAGAUGGCUCAAAUUAUAUUUUCUUUGAUACUCAAGACAGGGUGCUUGUGAAAAUGCUUUUCUGCGUUUUGUCCUCUGAUCGCUAUUGGUAGACUGUAGUUUAAUUGUUGUGUUAAUGUGCCUACUGUAGACCAAAAUAGCUUUUCUAAAGAAAUUCAGCAAAAUAUAAAAAGAAACCUGACACGUAGUUGUUGUUGUAGAACUAUAGCAUGUUAUAACAUGAAUAAGAUUGUAAAUGUUGCAUUGUUCCUCUGCUUAAAAUUAAUACUCAAUAUCCAUUCGUUAUUUUUUCUACACACACUUAGCAAAUUGAUUUAGGCUUUUCCAAUACACAUUUGAUUUUGUUUGAUUGAUCCGUUUAUCUUUGUUUAAUCCAUUUGUCUGUUAUUCCAGUUUUCAGUAAUUCAUUUCUUCCUGCCAUAUUGUUGAUUUCAAAGCUUUUAUUCUCUGAUAAACUAAAUGCACUCGAUUAGCGGAGAACUGAUACUAAAUUGACAUGCCAUGCACAAUUUAUCUGUUUGUCUGACUAAUAUUCUAAAGACAUCUGUCUCAAAAUGUUAAUCAAACAUAUAGUGGAAGAUCCAUACCGAAUUUAGACGGUUUUUUCAAACUUUGAGGUGGACCAAAAUAUGAGUUGCUUUUGCACAUACUUGUUUUGCAAUGUGUUUUAGCCAUUGAGUAAAAGAGUAGGAAGAUUAAACUUGCCGCCUCCCAUAACAACCGAACCAAGCAACACAAAGAGGCCUAAAUCUGAUUCAAGGGCAAAUGAUUUAUCCCACAAUACGAUAUUAUAACAUUUUGAUGGCUUACCUAGAGCCUGCUACAGAUACAUUUCCCCCAGAGAGCUUUAAACUCAAAAGCCAGCUGACAUUUGAUGAAUAAUUAAGGCAAAAACAACAAAACGGUGUAAAGAUAUUACUAUUAAUUGAGUUGUAUUAACAUCUUGAUGAGUUGGACCAAAUUUCUUAUCAGUUGGUAGCAUACAGUACAUGAUGUUGAUUACUACAUUAUAUAUUUGUUGUAAUAUGAAUUGUUCAUAUCAAAGAAAAAUGUAAACUGUUGGAAAAUAUGUAUUAGUAAAAUGUCACUUAUUGUGGAGGUAUGACACCAUUGAAAGUUUUUUUCAAGCUGGAUGUUUGAAAUAUGAUUAGUGAUUUGGGUCAUGCUUCUUUAGUGUGGUAGUUGCAUGAAAACAGUGUCUACAUUGGACAUUGUAAGAUCCACUCAGUGAUGAAUCAGAAAGUCAGUAUGCUCCCACAGUACAUGUGUAGAUUUAUGUUACAGAAAGCUUCAGUUUUUAAUCAGAUAUUCAAGCUUUUUUUUCUGCCAUCUUAAAGCUGUUUAUUUAACAAAUGUACCUGCAGUGAAAAAUAAGUUGCACUUACACAUAUAUAUAUAUAUUAUAUAUAUGUGUGUGUGUGUCUGUGUAUGAACAUGUAUUUAAUUAAGAAUCUUUUGUUAGGUUUUGUUGCCUGCUUUGGCUUCUGAUUUCUUUAUCUUCCUGAUCAAAUACUCCUUAUAUAUUAGAAUAAUAAACUUGGCAGAAGUGGAGCUGUUGUAGUAAAGGUAUUUAACAUCACAAAUAAGCAACCCUGACUUAUAUGCUGCAGUAAUGUUGUGUUUUCAGUUUGUUUUCUUUUAUGUGUGCUCUAAGUUGGUUGGUAUUUUUAUUACUCUUAUGAAACAACCUUGUUUGAAUUGUAAGACUGCUGUUUUGAAAUAGGUGAUGAGUUUUUUUUAUGUAUGUAUGUAGGUAGGUAGGUAUGUAGGUAGGCUACAAGGAAGUUUCAUACUUUGACUUGUCAAACACUGGACUGGAGUGAGUUUUCCAACAUUUCCAAGUUGAGAGCUACUAUAUGAGACAUGAACCGACUGCACAGAAUACAGCCUUAUCGCACCCAUUACCUGACAGACAGAGAGGCUCCAACCUGCUACAGAAGGAAUAGUGACUUCUCUGAUUGGAAAUUAUAUUUCCACCAUUUAAUAGAUAAGGUGCUGAAAUAUAUCUGCCAAAAUGUUGCAUUUGUCAGGCUUAUAAAAUCUGGCCACCAUAAUUAUACAAUGAUUUCAAAAUUCCCUGUUCUAACAAAAUAAGUAAAUGCUAAAAUAUCAAAAGGGAUACCACUUAAUAGCAAUUCAUUAAUCAAAAGAAACCACUUGGUAUAUGUUGUCUUACUAUGUCAAUCAAACAUAUAGAUUGAACCCUGUAGUGAUCUUAAUGUCAGAGUCUUUUUUAGAGCCAACUACCACUUAUCAAACCAGAAAAGAGAUUUGCACUAAACAUAUUUUGGUCUUCGUUGAUGGAAAGCAAUAUGACACAGAACAAUUGACACAUUCUUCAAGCCACAGUAUCUCAAAGAAGAGAGCUGUCUGUGCACAGGGGUAAUGCUGUGUAAAAGGUGAUAUUUCAAAGGUUUGUUGGGGGAAAAAAUUGUGUAAAGGUACAGAAUGGAAACUUGUUGUCUUUGAGACGCACAUUAUAAACUUGGACACGCACACAUUGUUGUUCAGAGUUGACAUAUUUGACCAAUCAGAAGUGUCCGAGUCUGAGGUGCAUAGUUUCCUCUUGUGAUUGUUUUGGAGAAAAUGAAACGGCUCUUACUAGCCCUAAAUGAGGGACGGGAAGGAGAGGAGAGUUACAACAUAUCCCAUAAACAUGCAAUCAUUGUAAAAUGUCCUCAUCAAAAAGAUAACGGAACAAAAGGUAAAAAAGGUAAAAAUGUUACGUAGACACAUUUUUUUCCCAAAUGAUUCCAACAUAGACAUUAAACUUCCUCCAUGUUAAAACAUACAGUUUUCUUCACUGAUUUACUCAUUUUUGUUUUAAAACACUCAUAUGAUCUGUAAAGAUUCAAGGUCAGUUCAAGGUAAUUUUUCUGGGAAAUGAUUGAUUAAAAAUAUUUAUGAAUAAAAGACUACAACAUUUGUGUAGUAAAACACUGAUGGGUGGGAAAUGCAACUUUCCUUGUCAAUUGUAACAUCAGUUUCGCCAUCCAAAGAAUCAAAGCCCACCCACAUAUAUUGUAAUUCAUAAUUAUCCAUAAGAAAAUAGACAAGAGUUAGUGAGGUGAAAUAUUGUUGACGCCUAAAUGUUCUUUAUUGAGAAUUUUAAAUCAUCAAUCAUUUAUGAUAGCAAUCAUGACAACUAUGAUUUUUGGUAUCUGGAAAUAUUAGCUUUCCUGUUAUUAGGACUACCGUUUUGUGGUGCUGCAGUUUGUCUAAAUAUGUUGCGUGUUAGAGGAAGCAUAAGUAUGUGCCUUCUUGUAAUCUCCUUGGUGAGCUUGUUAUUAUUGAGAAGCUUAAGCCAGCCAAUUGUGUUUGCACUAAAACCAAAUUGCUUUUGUGAUGUAGGCUAUUUAAAGCAAGCUUGUUGCGUCACUUUAACCGUACAGUAUGCAUGAGGGUGAAAUUGGUAAGUGAUAGGGCUAGAGCUCCCAUCUGUUGAACUAGUGCAGCUUAGGGAAUCCCCUGAACAUAUCAGCUUUGUACUGCGUUCAGUUUUUGAUUCCAUCUCAUUCAUUACUCUUCUAAAUUAUCACAGACACAUGUUCCACAGUAAAUAGUCUCUGUGGAAUAUCCACACUCUAAAAGAUAAGUAAAUAACAUAAGAAAUCAAAUACAGCUCUCCUUUUAUAUUUGUUUCAUAUGCCACAGCUGAACAGCUGCAUUACUGUAGUAAGAGAUAUUCAACCAUUCUCUCAGCCCAUGGAGGUGCAUGAUUACAAGAGGUCGCCUCGAGACUUGCUCAACGUUAUUUUUAUGUUUUGUGAAAGUUUCUGUUUCUAAGUUAUUUGUGUUUGAUUAAAUCUAAGAGAAAGACCUACAGUACAUGCUUUGAGUCUUACAAAUGCACCUUAUUCAUGUCAGUCUGAGUGGAAAAGACUGGCUAUGUAAUAUCUCUGGUUUAACACCUUACUACACAGCAUGUUUUCACUUUAUGACAGUUUUGCUAUUCUUCCGUGCAUAUGAUUUCCAAAAUAAACCUUAUAUAUUUUGUGAAAAUGUUUAAAGGGAUGUGCCAAAGUUUGGAGGCGAUCUCCCAAGUUUUUAUGCUAAUUAUUUGUUCUUUCUUCCUCCUUCAGUUAUCACAGUGGUAUGUCAAACCUUUCCUAUCAAUGUGUGAAAGCAAAUUAUUUCAGCAAACAGUAUCAUUACCUGCCAUUUUACAGCCCUGUAUUUCACAUAUAUUUACCAGUGAUGUGUAUUUGUUAUUAUAAAGAAAAAUAGCCGUAAAGCUUCAUUAUGUUACAUAAUAUUGUGACUUUUUUCGAAAAACUGUGAAGACUUAUCUUGCAUAUACUUUAUACAGAAGUAUUAAGCCUUAAUACAAAAGACUAAAAAAAGUGAGGAAGAAUAAACUGAUUGUUGCUAAGUAAGGAUGAUUUUUUGUAAAUGUUACCAGCACUUUUUUUGUAAUUUUCACUCUGAGGUAUUGUACAAGUUCACGCUGUUUGUGAAGUUUGAUUAUGAAGGAAUAAAAACUAGUACUUUCCUGUACUUCACAGAAA